AUGCCAGCCGCAUCUUGCAAUACAGCACUUUAUGGUCAUGAUCCAGUUGCCACCUUUGUAUCUUCCAAUACUCACACGCAAAUAUUUUCGCCAGCUGCACUGUCUACAACAGUAAUGCCGUCAGGUCCGCCACCUACUGCCUACAUCACGGAUGUGUCCGGCGGUUCGCCAGCCAUAAAGCGCUAUCCGCCGUCCAGUAUACCGGCACCAACGGCAGUACCCGCUGUACCGCCAAUAACUUGUUCGCCACCAGCUACGGAUGCUUAUAAGCCAAUUACUUCCAGUACCCUGCCGCCAUUGUCUUAUGGGCCUACAGCAUCGAGCGCUAUUCCUUACAGUGCGCAUAUUCCAUCGCAAGUCGUUGCCUCGCUAUUUCCCGCAUACGCGCCAACGAUCGCCACAGACAACUACUCUGUAUCUGGUAACAGAUUACCGAGCGGCAACAACAACUGGCAGGAGUUGUAG